AGGGCAGAAUAAAUUCAAAGCUUUCUUCUUUCUGCAAUCGAUUUGACAAAGACCACUACUUUGCCAAGAAUCCGAGCAAACCCAGAAAACCCAGUUGGAGAAAAUGCACGAUUUCUGCUUCACGAUCCCGUACGGGCUGUUGCUGUUGGGUGGAGGAGUUUUUGGGUAUUUGAGGAAGGGGAGCACUGCUUCUCUGUAUGGAGGUGCAGGCAUUGGAUUGCUCCUCACUCUUGCUGGCUAUUUCAGCCUCCAAGCCUUUCAGAAGAAGAAGAACUCGUACCCUGCUCUGAUUCUUGAAACAGUUUGCGCCACCGCACUAACAUGGGUUAUGGGACAAAGAUACUUGCAAACUUCUAAGAUCAUGCCUGCUGGUGUUGUCGCUGGCAUCAGCGCUCUCAUGAUGGGAUUCUAUCUCUACAAAAUUGCAACUGGUGGCAACCAUAUUGCUGCGAAGACCAAGUAAUGGUUGGUAUUUGAGGGUUUACUUUCAAUACUUAAAGUAUAGACUGACGUAUUAAAAAUGGAUCUGUCAAGAUUUGCAUAUUUGAUACUCACUGAACUUUUAGUUAAUCUAAUAUCACUACAUACUGUGCUAGCUGGUUAUGUGUAUGAAAGAUGGUAUUUGUCUUUGAAAUUGAAUGGAUCCUCGUCUCAGACCUUACUUUCAUUUAUUACUGUAUUUUCUCAUCAAAUUAACUAGAGCUCUAGACAGACUACGGUG